AUCUUAUUCAGUCCACAGGAUUAGUCUUUCAUUUUAUACUUUUGUUCUCCAUACUUUGCAAAGCAAUAUACUUCAGAACCCACAAGUGUAGCAAGAGAGAAAUCAUACAGGUACAAAUUAAUAAUGGAGAAUAUUGUACAAGAAGCAAUAUCAGCACCUGUCAGCCCAGCAGGCCAAUUUUUGAGCAACUCUGUCUUAUCACUCUCUGUUAUUGCUGUUUUGGAAACUGAAGUGCCUAUUGAUGACUCCCAGACCAUGUCUUUGCUUAAAAAUGUCUUCCUCCCUAUCAACCCACGUUUCUCCUCCAUCAUGGUUACAAAUGAAGAUGGAGAACAACGAUGGAAAAGGGUUGAAGUGAGGCUGGAAGACCACGUAACUGUUCCUGUUUUUGCCGCCGGAAUGUCAUCAGAAUUUUACGACAAAUGCCUUGAUGAUUAUCUAUCGAAGAUUGCAACGGAACAUUUACCACAAAGCAGACCGAUGUGGGAAAUUCACAUAAUAAAAUACCCCACAAGUCAUGCAGCUGGUAAUGUGAUAUUCAAGCUUCAUCACUCACUUGGUGAUGGUUUCUCUCUAAUGGGAGCUCUUCUUUCUUGUUUACAAAGAGCUGAUAAUCCUUCUCUUCCCUUGACAUUUCCUUCUACUCAAUCGCACACCAAUAAGGAUGGCAAAAACUUCAGCAUGUGCAGGACUGUUCAUAAAUUUUUCUCUACAGUUUACAACACCGCAUCAGAUUUUUCUUCGAGCAUUAUAAAGAGUUGUUUGAUUGAGGAUGACAAAACACCAAUCCGAUCUGGGCAACAUGGAGUGGAGUUUCUGCCUGCUGGCAUAGAAACAAUGACUUUCUCUCUCGAUCAUAUUAAGCAGAUCAAGAGCAAGCUUGGAGUGACACUAAAUGAUGUGAUUAGCGGGACAAUAUUCCUGGGGACAAGAUUAUACAUGGAAACAUUGAGCCCAGGAUCUGGCAAUGCAAACUCUACAUCAUUGGUGUUGCUAAACACGAGGAUGUUUGUAGGCUACAAGUCAAUCGAAGAAAUGGUGGAACCUAAUGCUGACUCGCCAUGGGGCAACCAUUUUGCGUUCUUGAAUAUACCUGUUCCCAAGUUAAGGGAUGCAUCUGGGGCUGAAAACCCUCUCCAGUUUGUAUUCAAAGCAAGACAAAUCAUAAGGAGGAAGAGGAUGAGCUCUUUUGCUGUUUACCUCACGGCAAAGUACCUUCAACUUGUUAGCAAGUUCAGAGGUGCGAAGGGAGCAUCUAAAUACAUCCACGGCACAAUGAAGAAUACAAGCAUGGGAAUCACGAAUGUCAUGGGACCGAUUGAACAGAUGGCCUUAGCUAACCAUCCAGUUAAAGGAUUAUACUUUGUGGUGACAGGGGCACCUCAGAGUCUGAUGGUAGGAGUAAUAAGUUAUGCGGGGAAGCUUAGAGUGGCUUUGCUGGUAGAGAAGGACUUCGUCGAUCCCCGGAAGCUCAAGCCACACAUAGAACAUGCAUUUGACAUGAUUUUCAAAGCUGCAUGCAGUCGCAGGACUUCUCCACCGGAAAAUUAAUCAUCGAAACAUGCCGGCAGUUUUGCGUUCUAAUUAACGCUUUCACCGUGUAUAUUUACACAAAUAGUCUCUCUUUAGCUUCCGAUGCAUGAAGGGUCAGGUGCCAUGGUGUCAAAUCACAAGCUCCAUUGUUCUGAAGCAUUCCUAGAUAUGUAAAAGGAUUACGACAAGGCAUGUGCACUUUUAUUUGGAGACCUAAAUUAUAUAAAUUUCCCCAUCUUCCCAACA